CCCUGUUCCGUGUAACCGGCACGAGCAAGUUCUACACAUGCGGCUGCGAGGCUCUCAUUCAAACUGAGACGGUUCUGGAUUUGGAGUUAUAUCACAUCGAAUCAAAUAAUAGUAAAUAGCUUUUGACGUGGUCACUUUAUUUUUUAACGUAAGGCAUCUUUUUUUUGAAGGGGAUCAAUUUCCGGAUCAGUUUAAUUUUUUCAUUAUCCCGCGCGCGCUAUCGUAAAGAUAGUUUGUGCGCGCGCUAAUUAGCUUACUGGCUAGCACGCUCUAUUUUUCACAGGACUGACAACUGCAACGUGUGGAUGUACCUCUGCUCAUCUGCAGUUACAGUUGCACAAUGGCAGUCUGUUUAAUAUCUCAGCACCAAAGGAACCGCAACAUAGCUAGUAUAAUUACAGGAUAGCAAUAGGCCCACACUAUACCUCUUAAUUGUUUUAUGGUCAGUACCAGGUAAAAGUUUGCACUGAUAAAUCUCAGAAAUCCUGUUUAAAACAGGUGGGCCUAAAUAAGUUAAUUAUUUAUUUAACCAUUUACCUCUUUCCUAGUUGCUGUUUAUAAGUAGCAUUAUAUAAAUAGCUUUGACAGAAAUUAAUUCCCUUUUUAAAAUUGUGAAGCAAUUUCUCUAUAGUCUGCAAUCAUGGUUUCAACAACUGCAACUGCAAUAAUACUGGCUAGCACAAUGGCAAUAGCGACCCAGACUCCUCUGACAGAGUACAUGUGGCUGCUGAUUAUUGGCUUCAUCAUCGCCUUCGUCUUAGCCUUUUCCGUGGGUGCCAAUGAUGUUGCUAACUCAUUUGGCACAGCCGUGGGCUCUGGAGUGGUCACCUUGCGACAGGCAUGCAUUCUGGCUACGGUGUUUGAGACUCUGGGCUCUGUACUCCUUGGGGCCAAAGUGAGCGAUACCAUCCGCAAUGGUAUCAUCGACAACAGCAUGUACAAUGGCUCUGAGCACGUGUUGAUGGCUGGAUACACCAGUGCCAUGUUUGGUUCUGCUGUGUGGCAGCUGGCUGCCUCCUUCCUUAAGCUACCCAUCUCUGGAACACACUGCAUUGUUGGUGCAACUAUCGGCUUCUCGCUGGUUGCCAGAGGCCAGCAGGGAGUCAUGUGGUACAAAAUCCUCAGUAUCGUUGCUUCCUGGUUCCUGAGCCCCCUUUUGUCUGGAAUAAUGUCAGGCAUUGUUUUCUACUUUGUGCGCAUGUUCAUCUUACACAAGAAAGACCCUGUUCCUAAUGGAUUGAGGGCCCUGCCUGUCUUCUACGCCAUGACUAUGGGAAUUAACCUGUUCUCUAUCAUGUUCACUGGAGCUCCGAUGCUGGGAUUUGACAAGAUCCCUUGGUGGGGCACCCUGCUCAUCUCAUUGGGCUUCUCUGUGCUGACCGCCAUUGUGGUCUGGUUUAUUGUCUGCCCUCGCCUCAAGAAGAAGAUUGAACGAGAUAUGAAGUCUUCCAGCCCCUCUGAGAGCCCCCUGAUGGAGAAGAGGGAGCUAAGAGAGGCCCAAUGUCCAAUCUUGAAACAGACUGCCAAGGAGACUACGCCUACCACCCUAGAUGUCAAUCAAAGUCCCUCUGUUCAGCCCCAGGCUGCCCCUGAGGAGCGCAGGGUGGCGUUUGACAUUGGAGAGUCUGACGAUAUUGACAAUAAUAAGGAACGCAAGGUGGCGUUUAACAUCGGAGACUCUGACGAUGCAGAAGACGGCGACGCAAAUGGUGCCCCCAAACAGGUUCAAUCAAAUGGUCAGGUCAACAAUCAGCUGGUCCAGCACAGCAAUGGCUCCACAAAUUCAGCCAAUCAGGUCCAGUUCAACAACCAGGUUCAGUUCAACAACAGGCCAGCACAGGUUCCAAGUAAUGGUUACAGCCAGUACCACACGGUCCACAAGGACUCCGGCCUCUACAAGGACCUGCUGCACAAGCUCCACCUGGCCAAGGUUGGUGACUGCAUGGGCGAGGGGGGUGACCGACCUAUCCGACGCAACAACAGCUACACCUCCUACACCAUGGCUAUCAUCGGCAUGCACGGAGACUACAAGCAUAAAGAAGGGGACUACCGUGCCUAUGAGGAAUGCGACAAGGGCACAGGGCCAGGGGGUCCGGAGAAGAAGCGCGUGCGUAUGGACAGUUACACUAGCUACUGCAAUGCUGUGGCAGAGCACACAACUCCUGAAGCUCUGGGAGAAGGUGAUGUGACACUAGAAAUGACGAAGGAGGAUGCAGCUGGCAGCCAAAGCUCUCUGGAUGGGCUUGAAGCAGACAAGCCAGAAGUCUCCACUCUCUUCCAGUUCCUCCAAAUUCUCACCGCCUGCUUCGGAUCCUUUGCCCAUGGAGGAAACGACGUUAGUAAUGCUAUUGGACCGUUGGUAGCUCUGUGGCUGGUGUACAGAACCAGCCAAGUGAUUUCGGAGGAACCUACACCCAUUUGGCUGCUGCUGUACGGUGGCGUAGGCAUCUGCGCUGGACUCUGGGUGUGGGGUCGCCGAGUGAUCCAGACUAUGGGCAAGGACCUUACCCCCAUCACCCCCUCAAGUGGUUUCAGCAUCGAACUGGCCUCAGCCCUGACUGUCGUGGUAGCCUCUAACAUUGGCCUGCCUGUCUCCACCACCCACUGCAAGGUUGGCUCUGUGGUUGCAGUAGGAUGGCUGCGCUCAAGGAAGGCAGUAGACUGGCGUCUAUUCAGAAACAUCUUCAUGGCAUGGUUUGUGACUGUGCCCAUCUCUGGUCUGAUCAGUGCCGCCAUCAUGGCCAUCUUCAUCUACGGCAUCCUUCCCCCAUAGAUGUGGGCUGCACCCCAAGCAGGGGAGGAGAAAGAAAGCGCUCCGGUGCGCACCAGGAGAAAAAGAGUAAAGUUGUACGGCCAAAAUAUAUCGCUUACCUCAAGCCAAUGACUUUGGAAGAAAAAGGAAGGAAAAAAAAAAAAGAGAAAUGUUUGAAGGACUUCUGAUAUGGGCCUUUGGUUCUUGGCUGCAUCAUUUUCAACCUAGAAAUUGCUGAUUGUUCCAUUUGGGCCACAUUACUUCCAGUGGGAAGUUUGCAUUUCGUUGUUCUGACUUGCUUUUUCAUAUUUCAUCAUUCUGUAACGAGUUAAUCUAAAAGCACCAUCUGCUUUUUUUUUCUAAUACUCAUUCUUCCUUUUUUUUUUUUUUUUACUUUAAAAUUAUGUAUAUACAACCAUGUUUUCAUUUUGUUUUACACGUUAGAAAGAAAUGAGCAAUUGAAAUGCAGUAUAAGCCUUUGCAGAUGUAACUCUCCAGUCAUAACACAUGCUGAAAGUAACGUAGAUGCAAAAUCAGUAUUUCUUAGGUGAAAAACAUUCACAGCACUGCAGUGUUGUCUUUAUGACACACCAUUAUCUGAAUAGUUUACUAUGGUAGAAGCACCAAUUGUACACACUGGAUGACCACCUGCAAAAGUAUGUGACAUACCGUAUUAAUGGCAUAAUGGGUGACAAAUGACAAAGCCCUAAUCGUCGAUGGAUUAUCUGCGAUCCAGUCUCAUUAGAAUCUCCUGAGGCUCUACAUUUUCGAACAGUGCAGAAAUAACCGUGAAAUUUUUACUUGAAUUUGAGAACUGUAACAGCAGAUGGUCAACUAAGGGAAACAAGUGCUCUCAAACAAGACCUACAUAAGUCUUCUGUUAAAACUUGAUUGCAUCAUCUUUGAUGGUUAAAUGCUUUAGGCAUCCUUCAGUGUUGUUACACUUCACUUUGUAUCGGCUACUUCCCCAGGAUGUUCUUCUUGCCUAGACAUUUGGGUUAUUCUAGCUUUCCUCUUUUUUUUUUUUUUUUUUUUUUUUUUUCGGCCUUGGAAGGUGAAUAAGGUUGUAAAAGAGGACAAACGGGAAACCAAAACUGGAGGUUAUCUAACUGGGUGGUUUGGUGUUGAGCUGAUCUGGUCUCUUGUUGGAAGGAGGGCUAACAUACGUUGCAUGCCACCGGUGUGUGGUCAUUUAGCUGCAGUACUAAAUGCAUAUCCGAUCUAUAGAUGGUGUAGAUGCCUUAAUUGUUUUGGUUUAUUAUCCAGUAGGUACCAAAGAAAUGUUUUUUUUAUUGCACAUCAACAUACUCUAGUCCACACUUGUACAUGAAAAAA